AUGACAGCGUCGUGCUGCUUCCAGUUGCAAAUUACGCGAGGUCCCCAUAGCGCAAAUGUGCAUCGCUAUUGUCAUUUCGAUGCUAAUUCUCGCUCAUCUUUCUCUGGUGAUAAACUUUCAAUUGGUCGGAAACGAGCUUGCUGGCUACGGUUACCUCAAGACUUAGAAGUAUCGAGUGUUCACGCGGAAUUUCGCAACAUCAAAAGCGGGACGAGCGUCGUGAUUCGAGACGUUAAGAGCACGAAUGGCACGAAAGUUAAUGGCAAGACGAGUCUUCGCUUUGUGCAGAUGGAUCAUGGACAAUCAUGUAGCGUUCAAAUUGAAAAGAAUUCCGUCGCUUUAACAAAAGAUUUGUCUGCGUCUGGUAACAUGAAUGCAGCGUCAUUAGCGGCCGUUAAUACAGAAGUGAUUGUAGUGGAUGGAGACUUAAUUGAAGAUAGUGGAGCGAAGUUAAAAAAUGUUAACGAAUCAUGGAAAGCUUCUGUGGAUCAGCCUGAUAUUGAGCCCAGUCAUGAUAAAGCUAUGGUCAAGCCGAUAGUUGUAUAUGGUAACAGCGGUGAAAGUGAGAAGCGAAAGAAGGUGGAAACCGAGGUAUUUCAUGAGGAUGGAGCUAUGGGGGAGUCUAUGUCAGAGGAAGCAACAUGUACAAAUUGCAAAGCGAUUAUUGGACAACUUGAUUUGCUAGAGCAGCAGGCACAUUUAAAUGAAUGUCUAGGUGGUCGUGUAUUCAUUUCUGCAGCAUCGUCUGUCAAGCCUGCAAAGCCAAAACGACGACAACGAGGAAAGACAGGAGGUAAAAAUGUGACAAAGAGACCGAGAAAACCCAAGGCAAGUGAGGAUGGUACCAAAGCGAGAAUCCCACGAAAACGAAAGCGAAUACCUGACGCUGGAGAGAAUAUCAAACUAGCGUUGGCAAUAGCAGACAAAAAAGUUAUGAGUAAAGAAGAAAUGACUGAUGAAAAACUUGCAAUGGCAAAGAUGAAAUUAGCACAAGUUGAUGAGCAAAUGGCAAAGCUGACAAAACAACGUGAAAAGUUAGUAAAAAGUCUUGAUAGACUUGAAAAGAUGAAGGAAAAGCUGCGCGAAUCUCAAGUAUUGCCACCAGCCAAAGUAUCGCAGCUUUUAAAUGUGAAAGCUGCAUUGGAUUUUAUUUUUCCAAGCUGCCGUCAAGCCCGUCCAUUCGAUCGGCCGACAGAUGACAGAUCUAGCGUGGCAAAGAGAUAUGCUCCAUCAAGAUGGAAUAAAAUACGUGAAGGUGACGAAAAGAAGCAAGAUGAAGUCGAAGCGGUGGAUGCUAUUUCGAUGUGGGCACGUGCUUCACAGCAGCUUUUUGCUUUACAAAGUGAUACGCUACUCUAUCGCAAUAGUGUAUUGAGACCUUUUCUUGGUGCUGACGAUAUCGCAGAUGCUGGAGCUAUGACAGUAGAUCAAGUCGAUGAUUCACUACAAAAAGACGGUGGAGAGAAUGGACAUGAUGAUGUAUCAGAGGCUAAAAUCAUUUUGACAGAGUCAUGA